ACCGCAGCGCCCGCUGCUCGGAUCGGCGCUGUAGCCGCCGCCGCUGCUGCUGCCGCCGCCGCCGCCGCUGCUCUGGGCUCGGGACUCGGGACUCCAGGCGGGCGGCAGGCGCUCGGCGAGGCUCCGGCGCCCGCGGCUGCUGCUCUCCGGUGCCCGGGGCUGCGGCGCUCUGGGUCCCGGCCGCCGGCCCGGCGCCCCUGCGUUCGGGUCCCCGGUCCCGCGCCUUGCCCCGGAGAAAGCACUCCACCAGCUGAGCCGCCCGGGCUCCCGGGCUCGCGCCCUCGGGCCAUGAAGAGGGGCCCGUGAGGGGCGCGCGGAAGAGGUGCAGGAGGAGGGAGGCCGCGGAGGAGUGCGCGGGAGGCGCAGGAUGCCGCCGCCGCCGCCGCCGCCCGCCGACCCGGGGCGAGCCUGACUCCACACCCGAGGAUGGAGCCUGCGCUGGGCGCUGCGGCGGCUCCCGGUGCGCCCCCGACCAGCUCGGCAGACAAGACCCCCUGGGAAGUGGCAAGAGGGCACAGACUUGUUUGGUGUGCCAGGGAACCAGGCAGGCAGGGCCAUGGGCAGCCUCCCAUCUCUCCGGCUGACACCCAGGGACCUGAUUCUCAGAGAUGGUUGGUCAAUGGGUGUUGGUUGGAUGAGCCCAUGUCUGGGCUCGGGUAAAAGCCGAGGUGAAGGUGGGACCUCAGCCCUGCACUCCUUGCCCCUCCCUCCUGGUCUCCAGGUGCUGGGUGAUACUCUUGCUCUUGGGUGGGGUCUGGAGGCUUACCUUUGUGGUUAGGGUCAAGGCCAAGGCCAGGGCUCGGAGCUGAGCUUGAAUCCUGGCUGCACCACAGAUGAGCUGCGCGUGCUUGGACCAGCCCCCUCGCUGCUCCUCACCUGUGAAAGAUGGCAGUUGUACCUGCGGUAGCCUUUCUCUGUCCGGCGUGGUUGGCAGAAGAACCUCCCUCCCCAGCUGUCCCUUCCUGCGGGGCUCAGCAUCUGGGCUGCUGCGACUGAGCUGCCACCCCCCCACCCCCCGGAGUUUGCUGGCCACAGGGCUGCUGCGCAGGAGACCUGGCGGCUGUGGACUCCCCAGCUCGGAGCAGCCCCUCUUUGAGCUCGAAAGGUGGAGAAGCAGCCCCAUGAAGGUGCCCAGCCAUGCAAUGUUCGUGGAAGGCCGUCCUCCUCCUCGCCCUGGCCUCCAUCGCCAUCCAGUACACGGCCAUCCGCACCUUCACCGCCAAGUCCUUGCACACCUGCCCGGGGCUGGCCGAGGCGGGACUGGCCGAGCGGCUGUGCGAAGAGGGCCCCACCUUCACCUACAACCUCUCCCGCAAGACCCACAUCCUCAUCCUGGCCACCACGCGGAGCGGCUCCUCCUUCGUGGGCCAGCUCUUCAACCAGCACCUGGACGUCUUCUACCUGUUCGAGCCCCUCUACCACGUGCAGAACACGCUCAUCCCCCGCUUCACCCAGGGCAGGAGCCCCGCGGACCGGCGGGUCAUGCUGGGCGCCAGCCGGGACCUCCUGCGGAGCCUCUACGACUGUGACCUGCACUUCCUGGAGAACUACAUCAAGCCGCCGCCCGUCAACCACACCACCGACCGGGUCUUCCGCCGCGGGGCCAGCCGCGUGCUGUGCUCCCGCCCCGUCUGCGACCCCCCGGGCUCCGCCGACCUGGUGCUGGAGGAGGGCGACUGCGUGCGCAAGUGCGGCCUGCUGAACCUGACCGUGGCGGCCGAGGCCUGCCGGGAGCGCAGCCACGUGGCCAUCAAGACCGUGCGGGUGCCCGAGGUGAACGACCUGCGCGCUCUGGUGGAAGACCCCCGGCUGAACCUCAAGGUCAUCCAGCUGGUCCGAGACCCGCGGGGCAUCCUGGCUUCCCGCAGCGAGACCUUCCGGGACACCUACCGGCUCUGGCGGCUCUGGUACGGCACCGGGAGGAAGCCCUACAACCUGGACGUGACCCAGCUGACCACGGUGUGCGAGGACUUCUCCAACUCCGUGGCCACCGGCCUCAUGCGGCCCUCGUGGCUCAAAGGCAAGUACAUGCUGGUGCGCUACGAGGACCUGGCCAGGAACCCCAUGAAGAAGACGGAGGAGAUCUACGGGUUCCUGGGCAUCCCCCUGGACAGCCACGUGGCCCGCUGGAUCCAGAACAACACGCAGGGCGACCCCGCCUUGGGCAAGCACAAGUACGGCACCGUGCGCAACUCGGCGGCCACGGCUGAGAAGUGGCGCUUCCGCCUCUCCUAUGACAUUGUGGCCUUUGCCCAGAACGCCUGCCAGCGGGUGCUGGCGCAGCUGGGCUACCGGAUGGCCGCCUCGGAGGAGGAGCUCAAGAACCCCGCCAUCAGCCUGGUGGAGGAGCGGGACUUCCGCCCCUUCUCGUGACAGGGGCUCAGGGGUGGGCAUGAGGGGCACCUGGUGUCGGUUUUGAUAAAAUGGACCGUUUUUUAACUGUUGCCUUAUUUCCCCUUCCCUCUUCCACCCUGUCUUUGUGUCCUUCCUGCCCCCUGCCCCCCAUCCUCUGUCCCCCCACUUCCUCUGCCUCGUUUGUCUCUGAAAUUUGCACUAUGUCUUGGACAGGAAUCACUGGGGCAGAGGGGGAGUCAAGUGGGGUACAGCCCACCCCCCACCCCACCCCACCCCAUCCCAUUCAGACACACGGAUGUUGGGUCUCUGUGUGGAUGGUGGCAAUGUUUACAAGCACCACACUCACACAUUCACAUACGUACACACAUACACACAGGCGCCCACCAGGAGAGACACCCCAAACCACACAACUCCUGGAACUUUUGAAUGGACGAGUGGUCAGGGCAUGGUAAUUUUUGCACUGUUUACUUCUACAAGGUAAGAGGUUAAUGACAAAAAGGCCACCGCUCUCUAAGUUAUGAAUGGUGUCUGUCCCUCCUCAUCCGGCUUCCUGCCCCCAAUGCCCACUGCCCCCUUUGGAGCAUAGAAACUGCCCCCUCCUGCCCACCCUUGCCUGUCGGUGAGCAGGUUUUUACUGUGAGGUGAAUGUGGACCUUGUUUAUUUUUUCCAGACUGUGGCGAUGCUGUCUGUCUGUCUGAGUCUUGUGGCUGCCCCUGGACCAGUGAUGGCUGAUAAAUCUUAUGGGUUUCUGAUUGAUCUUAGGGUCCAUCUGUGAUAUUUCUUUGUGCCAAAAAGAAAAAAAAAAGAGUGGAUCAGUUUGCUAAAUGAACAUUGAAAUGCUUUAUCUGUGUUUUCUGUAAAUAAAAGAGUGCAAUAAUA